CGGAAACAGAUGGCGCAAUGUCAUAAAUAAAUAAUAGUUAUCACUUCCGAUUUAGAAAAAAUUUAGUCUUUGCUGACCUCCAUAUCAAAUUUUCUAUUGUCUAAAUUAUUUAGGAAAUUUUGAAUGUAUGGGAUCACCUAUAUAAAUAAAACUGAGUGUGCAAUAACAUAAAUAUUUCCAAGUGAUUGGCCUUCACUCAUAAAUAUCGGACUGUAAAAAAUGAAUAGAACAGAAGGGCUCGUUUUGCGAAAAAAUGCUGUUUCUCAAAACGUCGAUAGGUACGAAAAUAAUGAUGACGAGCCUGAAAAACUUCUCACUGAAGAACCUGAAGAAGAAGAUGUAGAUUCUAAAGAAACAAGAUUAACGUUGAUGGAGGAAGUUUUAUUAUUAGGUUUAAAAGAUAAAGAGGGUUACACAUCAUUUUGGAAUGAUUCCAUAUCAUCUGGAUUGCGUGGAUGUAUCCUAGUAGAGUUAGCUCUUAGAGGUAGAGUAGAAUUGGAGAAAGCUGGCAUGAGACGCCGCAGUUUGCUUAUGAGGAAGGUGUUGGUUAAAAACGAUUCUCCAACUGGUGAUGUCUUACUAGACGAAGCAUUAAAACAUGUUAAAGAAACGGAACCUCCUGAAACUUUACAAAGUUGGAUUGAUUAUCUAAGUGGUGAGACUUGGAAUCCUCUAAAACUCCGAUAUCAGUUAAGAAAUGUUCGGGAGAGGCUUGCUAAAAACUUGGUUGAGAAAGGUGUCCUAACAACUGAAAAACAGAACUUCCUACUAUUCGACAUGACGACUCAUCCUCUGACGGACUCUUCCACAAAAACCAAACUUGUGAAGAAAGUCCAGGAUGCAGUACUGAGCAAAUGGAUCAAUGACCCACACAGAAUGGACAAGCGCAUUCUAUCGCUUAUUAUUCUCGCUCAUUCCUCUGACGUCUUAGAGAAUGCUUUUGCCCCCCUCUCUGACGACGACUACGAGGUGGCCAUGAAGAGAGUCCGAGAAUUACUCGAACUGGACGUCGAGGCGGAAAGUAUGAAAGCGAAUGCCAAUGAGGCAAUGUGGGCUGUGUUUGCAGCUUUUGUAAAAUGAGGUAGCAUUAUAUAAAAUUAUAUAUAUUGUACAUUUGAAUGAAAAAAAACUUGCAUUAAUAAUAGUUUGUUUUCUUUCUCCUCCCGCUCCUGGACAUUUUUUUUGGGAGGGGAGGGGGAGACUGUCUAUUAAAUUCAGGUGGAAUCUUUUCAAAUAAUAAUCUGUUCUUGCAGUUCUUAUAAUGCAAUGUGAUUUUUCUUUUUCUUCUUUGUCAAACGGGUUUCUUGUCUUCGAUAUUAAAAAUUUGAAUUUUUAUAAAACAAGUAUAGUUGAAUUGUGUUAAUAAAAUAUUUUAACUUGC